CGGAAGUGAAGAGAGUUUCAGGUGGUGAUACAAGCUGUUGGCGGGUGUGAACAGCAUGGUUAGUCAAAGCAAGCAAAACAGUGUGUGACGGUAUUUUGUACAUGCCACAUAGCAGACGUUUGAGUCGACAUGGCGCAGCUGCGACAGAGAAGUGCGCAGGGGGCGAAUGCCACUGAGAUAGAGAAGAAAAUUAAAAGAGGUAAUGCGUUGCGGCAGGGAUCUACGUGGAAGGGGUCCCGAGGAACUGUGGCCUUGCUGUUGGUCGCCCUGUCUGUGUGCGGGGCGGCUUUGUGGCUGUACACGACCUCUCUGGACAGCGACAUCACAGAAACACUGGUCAGCCAAGGUGAGCUGGUCUCUCCUCAGCCCAGAGUCUACACCGUCCAAUGCUCUGAAGACUACAAGAACUUCAAACGCUAUCCAGGUUGCACCCCUCAGAAGUGUGGCCGUGCAGUUACAGACAGCGUGGUGACGAGGGAGGAAGCUCAGGUCCUCAGGAGGCUGGCUGAGAGAGGGCUGGCGUUGGCUGGGUCUGAGGGAGGAGCUUCCAUACUGGACCUGCACUCUGGAGCACUGUCAAUGGGAAAACAAUUUGUCAACAUCUACAGGUAUUUUGGGGAUCAGAUUGCGAGUGUGUUCACAAAAGAGGAUUUCCAGCUUUACAGAGAUGUACGGGGGCGAAUCCAGGCAGUUAUUGCUGAGACGUUUGGUUUGGACCCGACUCUAAUGUACCUCACCAAGCCCACCUUCUUCUCCAGAAUCAACAGCACAGCAGCCAAGACCCAGCAUGAUGAGUACUGGCACCCACACAUAGAUAAGGUAACUUAUGGCUCUUUUGACUACACCUCACUCCUCUAUCUCUCUGACUACGGCUCCGACUUUACUGGGGGAAGAUUUGUCUUCAUGGACCAAAAUGGCAACCGGACGGUGGAACCACGGGCAGGACGAGUCUCUUUCUUCUCUUCUGGCUCGGAGAACCUCCACCGUGUGGAGAAGGUGACGUGGGGGACGCGCUACGCCAUCACCGUGUCCUUCACCUGUGACCCGGCACACGCCAUCUCUGACCCCACCCUGCCCUGAGGCACCCACAGGUGACGCCGUUGCCCACUGGCUCGGACGAGCCCUGCAAUGAAAAGAUGGAGCAAAGGGUAGAGACGAGGAAUGUAUUACAGUGGUGUACUUUAGCUGCACCGUCAAUAUUUGUAAUUUUAUUUUAUUUUCAGAUAUUGACUUGCUGCCCCUCACUGAUACAGGACACUGGCCCCUCCCUUCUGGAGAUGUGUUUUUCUCAUUCUUUCACUGACCCUUGUAUUUUUAUCCAAUUUUCCUACAAUAAUUCCUUUUUUUAUUGCCCCUUUAUAACUGCUAGUAUUAGGUGUGUUUCACAAUCUGUUCCUCUUGACCGCUGGGAGAGACAGCUUGAGCAGAGAUUGCCUCUCGACUGAAACUGUUUCAAAGAGGCUAAAGUGGGAUUGGGUGUUUUCUGGGUGUCUCGGUGCGUUUUUCAUUUUAACGAGAGCUAUGAAUUCCUUGCAGAACAGAUAAAAAUCUGACUCACCUAUUGAAUCAACCUUUCAUCACUAAAUCCCCACUCAUACUUGCCCUCAUCCAUGACCUCGGAGGUAUUUUCUUCUGAGAAGAACCCUCUCCUUGUUCAAGAGUGAUUGCUUCUUCUACUAUGUUACCAUUUAACUUCAGCCCGGUCGGUGAGGAGGGAUUUAAAUAAAAUACUUCCGAAAAAG